UUUUUUACCAAGAUUCUCCGCGCACCCUCCUUUUUUUUUUCUUGCAAAUUCAUAGCAAUUUUGGGACCUGUUAAAAGAAAGAAAGAAAGAUUUGUUAUAAAAGAAAACCCAAAACCACUAAUUUGAAUUUUGGGCCCUGUUAUUCAUAAAAAUCUUUUUAUUGAAAAGAAAGAAAGAAAGAUUAUGAGCAACAGAGGUGGAGGGAAUAGUAGUAAUAGUAACAGUAAUAGUAAUAGGCCAGAAUGGUUACAACAAUAUGAUUUGAUAGGAAAGAUAGGUGAAGGAACAUAUGGGCUUGUUUUCUUGGCCAAGAUUAAGUCUAAUAGAAGCAAGUCUAUUGCUAUUAAGAAAUUCAAGCAAUCCAAAGAUGGAGAUGGCGUUUCCCCGACCGCAAUUCGCGAAAUCAUGUUGCUUAGGGAGAUAUCCCAUGAGAACGUGGUGAAGUUGGUCAAUGUGCACAUCAAUCAUAUAGACAUGUCUCUCUAUCUAGCAUUUGAUUAUGCUGAGCAUGACCUCUAUGAAAUUAUUAGACAUCAUAGAGACAAGGUAAACCAAGGUAUCAACCAAUACACUGUGAAGUCAAUACUUUGGCAGUUGCUUAAUGGUCUAAAUUAUCUUCAUAGCAACUGGAUUAUGCAUCGAGAUCUUAAACCCUCCAAUAUUUUGGUGAUGGGUGAUGGAGAAGAGCAGGGUGUUGUAAAAAUUGCGGAUUUUGGACUUGCUAGAAUCUAUCAGGCUCCACUGAAACCUUUAUCCGAUAAUGGGGUUGUUGUAACUAUUUGGUAUCGUGCUCCAGAGUUACUCCUCGGGGGAAAGCACUAUACUAGUGCCGUUGAUAUGUGGGCCGUUGGCUGUAUAUUUGCGGAGCUUCUGACAUUGAAGCCAUUGUUUCAAGGACAAGAAGUAAAGGCCACACCAAACCCUUUCCAGCUUGAUCAACUCGACAAAAUUUUCAAGGUCUUAGGUCAUCCAACAGUAGAGAAGUGGCCAACACUUGCCCAUCUUCCACAUUGGCAGUCAGAUCAGCAGCACAUCCAAGGGCACAAAUAUGAUAGUCCUGGUCUUAACAGCGUUGUUCAUCUCUCUGUAAAACAUCCUGCAUAUGAUCUUCUCUCUAAAAUGUUGGAAUAUGAUCCACGAAAACGUUUAACAGCUGCACAAGCUCUUGAUCAUGAGUAUUUUCGGAUGGAACCUUUACCCGGACGCAAUGCACUGGUGCCUCCUCAACCUGGAGAGAAAAUUGUGAAUUAUCCAACUCGUCCUGUGGACACAAACACAGAUUUUGAGGGUACAGCAAGUCUUCAGCCAGCUCAACAGGCAUCUAACCAGUCUGGGGGUAUGGGAGGCCCUCAUGCAAUGGCAAAUAGAAAUGCUCCACGGCCAGUGCAUAUGGUUGGCGUGCAAAGGAUGCAGCAACAGAAUAUGGCGGCUUAUAAUCUUGCCUCUCAGGCUGGAAUGGGUAGUGCAAUGAAUCCGGGAAAUAUCCCCAUUCAGCGUGGUGUUGCUGCCCAGCCUCAUCAACAGCAGCAACAGUUAAGAAGAAAAGAUGGAAUGGGGAUGCCUGGAUAUCCGCAACAGAAAUCAAGGCGUUUUUGAGCAUAUUAGGAGGUCUAAAACACUUUCGGUUCUGCAUGGGAACAAGGGAACUUGAAGUCAUUUCGGUUCUGCAUGGAACACGGGAAGUUGAAGUCAUGUCAGUAAUUUAACAAGGAAACUUGAAAUCAUUAAGUGAUAACAGCUUGGUGCACGUCAGAUCAGAGCACGCUGCCAGAUAUGCAUAUCAUGUAAAAUGUUUCCUGCCGGUCUUGUUUAAAGAAAUUGUGUGUUGUAUAUUGUAAGACUGCAUAUUAUUCACAAAUAUAUUAAAAGGAAAACCCUCAUGGGUCUUUUCUAUUCA